AUGACUGGUGUGGGUGGCAUUGGCAAUAUCCCUCGAUCUCAGAUAAACAAAGUCAAAUCUAAACUUUUAGAUGAUGAUAGCGGCUCGGUUUGUGCCGAAAUUCGGAGUCCGACGGCCCCGCCGUCACUGCCGAAAUUCGAAGACAGAUUUGAAAACAACCUCGUGAAAACCCCUCAAAUGCAUGAGGUGAAGUCUAGGAAGGUCAAGAUUUUUCAUGUCUCCGAGCCCGAAUGUCCUGCCUUCCUCACAGCUAUGCUUGCGAAACACGAUAAAUCACUCCAUAAGGUCACUGAAAAGGAACGCUUCGUCACCAAAUAUCAGCAUUUCCGGACCCAAAGCUGUCUCGGCGAUAUAGUUCAUGAAGAUAGCACGUCGUUCUUCAUCUCGCUCAAGAGCGCGAGCAGGGAUACCCUUGUGGCUGUGAUGUAGCCUACCAGUGUGCAGGGUGGGAAUAAGUGUGUCUACAGAUACGCACCACGACGUGGUUAUAAUUCACAUUGUAGCUCGUCCAGUCCAUGGUGGGAUUUCGGCGAAGGAUAGUAGUGAGAAACGCAUUGACAUCAAUAAUGAGGUCAGGACACUUGCCACCAUGUGCAUUGUUUGCAUUGAGAUGCAAUGGUGGCAGUCCGAGUCAGGUGGAUAGUUUCAUAUACAAGUGUCACCGAGAUACUUGCGACGGGAUGUCCGCAUCGGUGAGAAAC